GUUAUUUUUGGAUUGCAUCAAACAUCAAUUUUAUAACAAAAUGCCAUAUGCAAACCAACCUACUGUUCAAAUCACACAAGUUUCGGACGAGAAUAUAAAAUUUAUCCUCGAAGAUACCGAUCUGAGUGUGGCAAAUGCAUUGAGACGAGUAUGCAUUGCAGAAGUUCCAACCAUGGCAAUAGACUGGGUGCAGAUCGAGUCCAACUCUACAGUGCUGUUUGAUGAGUUUAUAUCACAUCGUAUUGGACUGAUUCCUCUCACAAGUGACGAUGUUGUCGACAGAAUGCAAUACUCCAGGGAUUGUACAUGUGAAGAGUUUUGUCCUGAUUGUUCAGUUGAGUUUACACUAGAUGUGAAAUGCCAGGAUGAUGCAACACGUCAUGUGACCAGCGCUGAUCUCAUCUCCAGCAACCCAAAAAUAGUUCCAGUCACAUCAAGAAAUCGAGAAGAUGCUAAUGAAUAUGAAGACACGGAUGACAUACUGAUUGUCAAGUUGAGAAAAGGUCAAGAACUGAAGGUGAAAGCUUUUGCACGGAAGGGUUUUGCCAAGGAGCAUGCUAAAUGGAACCCUACAUGUGGUGUGGCGUUUGAGUAUGAUCCUGACAAUGCACUUCGCCACACAACCUACCCAAUUCCGGAGGAGUGGCCAAAAAGUGAAUUCUCUGAAAUAGAUGAGGAUGAACAUCAAGCACCAUUUGACCCAACUGGUUUUCCUAACAAGUACUACUACAACAUCGAAUCAUGCGGGUCUCUCAAGCCAGAAAAUAUUUUGUUCUCUGGUCUGUCCGUCCUCAAGAAUAAGCUUAGCAACCUCCAGACACAACUCAGUCAUGAAAUACAGAGUGACGUUCUCGCAGUGUGACAUUUUCCUUCAGUGUUUCUUUGUUCUGGAGAAAAACUUCUAUGAAUGGCAGGCACUCACUACAAAUGAAUGCAUCUUUGAGGCUGCUAAUGUUUGAAAAAACUUCAGCAACAUGUCAAUUUGUGAAAAUGUUUUAAAAAUUAUUGAACUAUUACAUGUCUCAUUGAGAUAGAACAGAUCUGUGAAACAUUUUUUAUUUCCAUAAGUGACAAGAAAUUUAGAUCUGUGAGGUUGUCAGUCAAAAAGGGACCAUAUGCUUUAUCUUUUAGGCAGUGUGCCAUAACGCAAUGAUUAAUAAGAAACCGAUCAACAUUAUUUUGUAUGAUCAUUACCAGUCUUAUUUAGAGUUGGCCUGGUUGGUUGUAAUAAAACUGUAUGUGUAAGUUUUAAAGUAACCAUUGAUUAUUGUAAAACCCAAUAAAACAUGUAAUUUAUGUAAGAAAUUGAUACUUGCUGAAAGUAAAAAAGUAAACAUAUCAUUUUGACGACUGUUAAUCAUGUGACAUGGAUAAACUCAGCUUGGAGUCAGGUCUAGGAAUGCCACUUUUUCAUUGGUUAGUUCAAAUACAUAGCUCAAAAACAGCUAGUUACAUGCUAAAUUUUUUACAAUUGUCUCCAAGCUUCGCUUUAUAUAUUGAACCAAGAUUUUUUUUUAUCAUAGGCAUUUACUAUUAGUUUUUCGAGUUCUUGUGGUACAAAUUUUAGCAUCUGUGGUAGGCACUCUGCACAUAUUUUCAUAGAAGUCAAGACAUCUGUUGUCUUGUUUUUACAGC